AUGAAUGAGAAAUCCGCAUCUGAUGGUAGAAUUAUGAGAAGCAUGAAAGAAUCUCAAAGGGCAAAAGAGGUCACGGAAAUCAUCAGAACCUGCAAGAUCAACCAACGUCUUCAAUCGUCAACAUUGAACAAGAUCAAAUCAUCAACAUUGAAUCAAGAUCAAAUCAAUAGCAUGAAAUUUAAGCAAAGUCGGAUACCAUCAGAACAAGUUAAAAAUCAAAUCAAAUGCGGUGAUCACCAAAUCGGAUCAUCAAAUGCAGAAAAUCACCAAAUCGGAUCAUCACCAAAUGCAGAAAUCACCAAAUCAGUGGAAACCCACGCGGUCAAUCACCAAAUCAGAGGAACCAAUUCAGUCAAUCACGAUCAGAGGAAACCAAUUCAAUCAAUCAGAGGAAACCAAUUCAGUCACCAAAUAAAUCGCCGUUUAUCACACCUCGUUAGAGCCUUGCAUAGUAGUCUGUAA